CAUGACUGCGCUUUGAGAGCAAGUGGAAAAAGCUAGGUGUUUGUUCACUCUAUCAGCCACCUGCUACUCUGCAUGCAGUAAAAUGACAGAACUGACUUGAUUUUUUCCCCUUCCUAUCCCAUCUCUUUAGUCCUCAAGAGUCGAUAGCACAGAAGAGGCCAGAAUUAUACUCCUAUUUUUCCCUUUUCAUCUCCAUCAUUGUUGCGCGAGAAAAGAAGAAGACGAAGAAGUAGUAGAGAGAAACAAAGCCAAAAAUUCUCCUUAUGUUUCCAUCAGCGACCAUCUCCAACUCCACAUCCAUAUCAGAGGACGCAAGUGUUUCCACUGAAACCAAAGCCCAUGAUCACUUCAAUAACCUUAGCCAGCUCUUCACACCCACAUCUCCUCACCCGAAACCGAAGACUAAGAGAAGCCAAGCGGGAAAUCCAGAAGACCCCGAAGCAGAAGUGGUGGCUCUCUCUCCUAAAAGCCUUCUAGCCACCAACAGAUUUGUGUGCGAGAUAUGCGGCAAAGGAUUUCAGAGAGAUCAGAAUCUGCAGCUUCAUAGGAGAGGGCACAACUUGCCAUGGAGGUUGAGGCAGAGGAAUAAUGGAAAGGAGGCUGUGAAGAAGAGAGUCUAUGUUUGUCCUGAGGCUUCCUGUGUUCAUCAUCACCCUUCCAGAGCUCUCGGAGAUCUUACAGGGAUAAAGAAGCAUUUUUGCAGGAAACAUGGUGAGAAGAAGUGGAAGUGUGAAAAGUGCUCAAAGAAAUAUGCUGUUUACUCUGAUUGGAAGGCUCAUGUCAAGACUUGUGGAACCAGGGAGUAUAGAUGUGAUUGUGGAACACUCUUCUCUAGGAAGGACAGCUUCAUCACUCACAGAGCCUUCUGUGAUGCCCUUGCAGAAGAAAGUGCGAGGCUGAUCGCAAAUUCCGAUCCAGCAACCAUUAAUAAUACCCUCUCCCAUCCUCUCCUCCACAACCCUCUCUUCCCUUCCUUCGCCAACAGCUGGAAUCCAUCUUACAACUCAAACCCUAAUUUUGUUGCUUUUCUUCCUAUGCCCAACCCUAACCCUAACCCUAACCCUAACCCCACAACAUCCUCCUUUGAACUAAACCCCGGCGACUCAUUUCAACCCUUUGUCAACCCUUACUUUUCCGCUCACCACCUUCACCCCUCCGCAGCCGCCGCCACCCAGCCGCCUUUGUCAGCCACGGCCCUCCUUCAGAGAGCCUCGAACAUUGGACACAUGAGGCUUACCGAUGGCGGAGUUGACUACGACGCAAGAGCUUUUUCAGCGAGCCAAAGCGCUGAUCGGCUCACCCACGAUUUCCUCGGAGUUGACUCCAGCGACGUAGCGGUCGAGGAAUUCCUGCCCCUGCCCGGCAUCGGCAUGGAUGUGGUUACCACCGGUCCCUGCGUUGAUAAUGGCGGAGACGGUGACCACACGAAGCCCAUCGUCGGCUUCUCCUUUCCACGUGUCACCGGAGCUUGGCGUGACCACAGAGGCGUUCGUGAUUAAGGUCCGUGGACUUCGCCUGGAAUUACGAUAAUGCCACCUUGUUGUUUUGUCCUUACGGGGAGAGGUUGCCUGUAUUUGAUCUCGAAUUAUUGCGUCCGGUCACCUGAUGUCCGGACAAUCAAUCCAGAUAUGUCACGUCACUCAAAUAUAUAGGAUUCCGAUGUAUUUUGGUUACGUGACGGGUCUGAAUUGAUGUUCGGACGAAUCUGAACACCGGAUAUAAUAAUUUGUCAUAUUUUGUUACGGUUGCCAUGUUUUUUACUUUCGCAUAGGCCGUAAACGAAAGAAUCGAAUGGGAAAUAUUUGGGCGAGUAGUCUUAUCCAA